AUGGAAUACAGCCUGCUUUGCAAUGGUCUGUGUGUGGUUCUGUUCAACCCGGUGAAGUAUAAACUAUUCUUCGUGAGCAUCAUGCUGUCACUGUGGCUCUACAUGCUGUACUGCUGCGUGGGCUACGCUUCCACGAUGCCGAGUUAUAUGACGGACCUGGAGCAGGGGAAGGAGUUGCAGUUUGCUGCUGGUACGGACACUGAUCAUCAGUCUGAUGCUUCGGGUGCGAGUCUCGUGUCCAGGUUGGUGUCUAAAAACGAGUCCGAUCAAGAGGCACCAUCCGCGAGGACGGCGUCUCGGGACCUGUUGAACGACGAGGUGGACUCAGACCGAUCGGACGACUGGGACGAAACGAGAGGGGAUCAUCGGGGCUGUCUGGAACCGUGCAUCUUGUCCAACUUCUCGAGCGCUUCGGAGAGCAAGAAGCUGCCACAGGCGAUCAUCAUCGGGGUGAAGAAGGGCGGCACGCGAGCGCUGCUCGAGUUCCUGCGCGUGCACCCCGAUAUCAGGGCGGUGGGAGCCGAGCCGCAUUUCUUCGACAGGAACUACCACCGCGGGCUGGGCUGGUACAGGGACCUGAUGCCUAGGACCCUUGAAGGGCAAAUCACAAUGGAGAAAACACCCAGCUACUUUGUGACCCGAGAAGCUCCAGCUCGCAUCCAUGCCAUGUCUCAUGAAACCAAGCUGAUCGUGGUGGUCAGGGACCCUGUGACAAGGGCAAUCUCUGACUAUACCCAGACGCUUUCCAAGAAGCCUGACAUUCCAACUUUUGAGGUCUUGACCUUUAAGAACCGGACCACAGGCCUCAUAGACACCACUUGGAGUGCUGUGCAGAUUGGCCUCUAUGCGAAGCACCUGGACGGCUGGCUGCAGUUUUUCCCUAUAAGCCAGAUCUUAUUUGUCAGCGGUGAGUGGUUGAUCCGCGACCCAGCUGGUGAGAUGGCCCGUGUGCAGGACUUCCUAGGCCUGAAGCGCAUCAUCACAGACAAGCACUUCUAUUUCAACCACACUAAGGGCUUCCCCUGUCUCAAGAAGCCAGAGGGCAGCAGCAAACCCCACUGCCUUGGCAAAACAAAAGGAAGGACUCACCCCAACAUUGACCAAGAUGUGGUGAAGUGUCUUCGGGAUUUCUACAGACCCUUCAACAAAAAGUUCUACCAGAUGACUGGACAAGACUUUGGCUGGGAUUAG